AUGGAUUUGCAAUCGGGGCACCGCCUCCGCUCACGCCCGCCGCUGCAGCGGCAUGGACCUUCCUGGCGGCGUGAUCCAAACGGAGCUGACCGCAUCAGCCUCCUCUCCGACGAUAUGAUCCUCCUGAUCCUGGAACGCCUGCACUGCGUCCGCGCCGCCGUGCAGACCGGCAUCCUCUCACGCCGAUGGCGCGGCCUCUGGACCCGCCUCACCAAUCUCGCCUUCCGUGCUGUCACGGCCGCCACGAUCGAGGCGGCGAUUCCACCCUUCAAAGCCGCCUCCCCUACCGGCACGGCGUUCCAGCUCGACAUAUGCCUCCCAUCGAGACCCGAGGCUGCCAGCGCCAACUCCUUGCUGCGCGCCGCGGCGCUCUUCUCGCCGGCAAGGCUAGUCUUCACCAUCGCACCGUACUCGUGCCGUUUUAAUUACGGCACCAACUCCAUCCAACUGCCUUGCUUCCAACACGCCACCUCCAUCAAGCUAGACACCCAGCAAUUCAUCCUCGAGCCGCCGGCAGCCGGCGAGUUCCCCUCGCUCGAGACAUUGUCCAUCUCCGGCACGAUCGUCCGCAUCCAUGACCUGGUCACCCGCUGCCCACGCCUACGCGUUCUCACAGCCAAGCUCCGCGGCCGCAACUCCAGGAUCGAGAUUACCGUGUCGAUCGAGAUUAACAUGCCGGGCAUCCGCAGCUUGACAUGGCCAUUGCACCGCGAGCUUUUGGCACUCGAGACGUUGUCCAUCUCCGGCUGCAACAUCGACAUCCUUGGCGAAUUUAUCUCUAGUUGCCCGAGCCUUCGUGUGCUCAGGGUGGAGGGUGCUAUGAUUGCCGUGGCAUCGAUAUCGUGA